AUGGCCACUAAAGAAUAUUUCGUGCCGUCUGAAGAGGUGAUGACAUCCAUAGUGCUGCCGACAAUCGUCUUCUGCAUCGGUAUGGUGGUGGCAAUGCUUGUUGGCAUCAAUAAAUGCAAACAAUGGGAACUGGACAAAAUUGUGGAGAUGCGACGAACCCGUCGUGUUGUGCAACGGAUAACAGCUCGGCUACGUGAGAAAAAUUUCAAAACCAUUCAAAAUGCUCGCAAUAUGCGGAAACGUGCGGCGGCGGCAAAGGCUGCAGUGAAGAAGAUGAAAACCGAAGUGGCACCUCCUGUGUACUCGGCACAACAACAAGCUGUAUGUGGCACAUCACCACCACCUUCAUACGAGGAUGCUUUACUGGAUGAGUACUAUUACGAAUGUUUACCCUCUUCUAGCAGAUCAUCGCAUUCGAUGUCCACCAAUACCACCACCACCACCACCACAACCACAACCACCAGACGUGCGUCAACGCAAUCGCGUGCUUCCCGACGAAAUGGCCGAACAAACAGAAAAACGAGCCGGAGCAAUACUCAUGGAAUACUUGCCGUUUGA